CCCCACGCCACAGCCUCUUAUCCCACACGCGGACCAACAGCGCCGCCCCGCCCGUCCCCCGCUUCACCUUCGGCUUCGACUUCGGCUUCGUUUCCUCUUCUCUUCGUCUCUCCCUCCCUCCAGCGAAAGAAAGAGAGAGCUCACCUCGCGUUGCCCGGCCGGCCGCGGAGGAGAGCACGGCUUCGCAUUCGGCUGGAGCUCUCGUCUCUGCACUCGGAGUACAGCUGCAAACUCCUCCUUCCUUGAUUUCUUCACCCUGUCUCCACGGACUGCACAGAUGUCCGACGGCAACGACUUCGCCGAGCUGCUGUGGGAGAACGGCCAGGCGGUGGUGCACGGGAGGAAGAAGCACCCGCAGCCGGCCUUCCCGCCGUUCGGCUUCUUCGGUGGCACCGGCGGUGGCGGCGGCGGCAGCAGUAGUAGAGCCCAGGAGAGGCAGCCCGGCGGCAUCGAUGCGUUCGCCAAGGUGGGGGGCGGCUUCGGCGCCUUGGGCAUGGCUCCGGCGGUGCACGACUUCGCUUCUGGCUUCGGCGCCACCACGCAGGACAACGGUGAUGAUGACACCGUUCCGUGGAUCCAUUACCCCAUAAUUGACGAUGAAGACGCCGCCGCCCCUGCUGCUCUCGCAGCAGCGGACUAUGGCUCCGACUUCUUCUCCGAGCUCCAGGCGGCGGCGGCUGCCGCGGCGGCCGCCGCGCCGCCGACCGAUCUCGCCUCUCUGCCAGCCUCCAAUCACAACGGCGCCACCAAUAACAGAAAUGCUCCGGUUGCCACCACCACCACCAGGGAACCCUCCAAGGAAAGCCACGGCGGCCUGUCGGUUCCCACCACCCGAGCCGAGCCGCAGCCGCAGCCACAGCUCGCCGCAGCCAAGCUGCCUCGGUCGAGCGGCAGCGGCGGCGGCGAGGGCGUGAUGAACUUCUCGCUCUUCUCCCGCCCGGCCGUCCUGGCGAGGGCGACGCUGGAGAGCGCGCAGAGGACGCAGGGCACCGACAAUAAGGCGUCCAAUGUCACCGCGAGCAACCGCGUCGAGUCGACGGUCGUGCAGACGGCGAGCGGGCCAAGGAGCGCACCGGCGUUCGCCGAUCAGAGGGCGGCGGCGUGGCCGCCGCAGCCGAAGGAGAUGCCGUUCGCGUCCACGGCAGCCGCUCCCAUGGCCCCGGCCGUUAACCUGCACCACGAGAUGGGCCGUGACAGGGCAGGCCGAACCAUGCCUGUCCACAAAACCGAGGCGAGGAAGGCACCUGAGGCCACGGUCGCGACAUCGUCGGUGUGCUCCGGCAACGGAGCUGGGAGUGACGAGCUGUGGCGCCAGCAGAAGCGGAAGUGCCAGGCCCAGGCAGAGUGCUCAGCUAGCCAAGACGAUGAUCUUGACGAUGAACCUGGAGUAUUGAGAAAAUCUGGAACCAGGAGCACGAAACGCAGCCGCACAGCUGAGGUUCACAAUUUAUCAGAAAGGAGGAGAAGGGACAGGAUCAAUGAAAAGAUGCGCGCUCUGCAAGAACUCAUUCCCAACUGCAACAAGAUUGAUAAAGCCUCGAUGCUGGAUGAAGCUAUAGAGUACCUCAAAACCCUUCAGCUUCAAGUACAGAUGAUGUCCAUGGGAACUGGGCUGUGCAUUCCUCCAAUGCUAUUACCAACAGCCAUGCAGCACUUGCAAAUUCCACCGAUGGCUCAUUUCCCUCAUCUCGGCAUGGGAUUGGGGUACGGGAUGGGCGUCUUCGACAUGAGCAACACUGGAGCACUUCAGAUGCCACCCAUGCCUGGUGCUCACUUUCCCUGCCCAAUGAUCCCAGGUGCGUCACCACAAGGUCUUGGGAUCCCUGGCACAAGCACCAUGCCAAUGUUUGGGGUUCCUGGGCAAACAAUUCCUUCGUCAGCGUCUAGUGUACCACCAUUUGCAUCUUUGGCUGGUCUUCCUGUUAGGCCAAGCGGGGUCCCUCAAGUAUCAGGCGCCAUGGCUAACAUGGUGCAAGACCAGCAACAAGGCAUAGCGAAUCAACAGCAGCAAUGUCUGAACAAGGAAGCUAUACAGGGAGCAAAUCCAGGUGAUUCACAAAUGCAGAUCAUCAUGCAGGGUGACAACGAGAAUUUUAGGAUACCCUCUUCAGCCCAAACAAAAAGCAGUCAAUUUUCAGAUGGUACCGGCAAGGGGACCAACGCUAGAGAGAGAGAUGGGGCUGAAACAUAAAGAAAGGCCAGUAGGUGUAACUUGACUUUCAUGCUAAAUUUGAGAUCUACCACUGAAAUCUGCAGAAUGUUCCUGUCCUAAAAAGAUCAAUGGCUGAGGAAUUUCAUGUACGACCAACUAACAACUUCCAGAUAUGAAAGUUAGCAAUUCAUACUGGGAGAACUUACUUGAGUAUCAAGAUCCACGAGGCAGAUGUAUCAGCCAAGAUGCCCCAAAAUUUUGUGUAAAAUGUAGAUGGUAGAAGAUGCUACCAGGUUACAAGCUGUAAUUCUUGACUUCCAGUGCAGUUUCCUAUGAGUAGUUUUUGCCCUAUCUGAAAUCUUGGACCAAUAUAUCUUAUUUUCCAUGGUUAUCUUAUGACUGUAUACUGGGAGCCUGGGAUCCCUUGGUCUCCACGCGGUUUAACUUGCACCGCUGUUACUGUACAGCGCUUUCUGGUGCAAAUAAUGAUGAAUUAUUAUGACACA